AUGUUCAUCUCCAACGGUUAUCCUCGCGGUUUCAUCGAACGCAGCAGGCAACCAAAGAAGGCUAUAAGGCCAACGAGAGAACAACCCAAAGUGUGGCGGGCGCUACCGUAUAUUGAGAAUGUAUCCGAAGCAGUCGCUCGUCUCUUACAACCACUGGGGAUCGGCGUCGCCCACAGACCUGAAGCGACAAUAAGACGUCUCGUCAUGAGGCCCAAGGCCCCUCUGUCACGAGGCGAAACAGCGAAUGUCGUCUACCGUGUCCAGUGUAGUUCCUGUGAGGCGAACUACGUUGGAGAGACCGGAAAACGUCUACAAACCCGCAUGAGUGAACACGCAAGGGCAGUGAGAAGGAUGGACCAACUCUCACUGGUGGCGGAACAUUGUGCUGCCUCUGGACACACUUUCGCCUUCGAGAACGCCGAAAUCCUAGGCCGAGGUACUGACCAGACAGCCAGGGAAACGCUCGAAGCCUGGCACACCGUACCAACUUCCAUCAACCGCUGCACGAUUCUCCCGGCGGCUUACCAGGCCCUACGAGUGCGAUUCAACCAACGGAAUCAAAGGCAGGAAGUCAGGACCACAAGCCCAAGUGAACACUGUUCGCGCCCAAACACCGAUGACGGGGGUCAGCAGGCCGAUAAAGGAGACGCAGGCAACGGGUCAGCAACCACCGAGGUGCACAAGGGCCGAGGCAAACGGGCGACAAUUACGAGAAAUGCGGGUCAGGCACAACAAAUGCGGGUAAUGCAGACGAGGUCAAUGACCGUUGCCAUCCCGACUCAGCCCACCCGACUAGGAGACGAGGAAGGGACCGGCCAGCACGACAGCAAUUAACUCCUCCCCCCGCAGCAGAUCCUGCACGAAUAGCAGUAAGAACGACAACACUCCCGCAUGCUCGGCACCCAUAAAUACUGUGAGGCGCCGUACAGAACCCACCUCCGACGAUGGAAGCUUGUUUGUUUUUGAAACGUCAGGCUAUUAAACCUAUGGUUCCCGAGAUCGCCUCUUCUCCUCAUUUAUCCCCGGGGACGCGCAUUUUCGCUUUAAUUGGCAAUAUAUAUAUACAUAUAUAUAUAUUGUUAACAGAAACGAAGGUGCGAGUCCCGGACAUAACUUUGAAGGAAGGUCGUUCUCGGGAACCACAAUGGUAUUGUCCUGGCGUUUCAAGAGCAGACAAGCUUUCACCGUCAGUGGUGAGUAUCCAACCGCUCCUCGCAAUAAUUACAGAGGGCGACAGCCAUGUUAACACGGCGUUAGUUAGAAUGGUAUUACCGACAAAGAAAAGGGGGACUGGGCGUUAAUUAUACGGCUCCAGCUUAACGGCGUACAGUGCAGGGAAGAUAGGUGGCAGAGUCGUUAAUCGGUUCGGACGCUUAUCAUCUCUGUGGUCGCCGGGACAUAAAUGGCUCGCAUCCUCGCUUCUGUUAGCAAUAUUUUGGGCGCGAAGUGUUUGAGUCAGCACGUUGCGUAACCAUUGCCAUUUGUGUUUCAUCUAUGUACGCGCGAAUCCAAUUCCUCCACAAAUUCCUCGACAAUCAUGUGCCCCCGAAGAGCUUGACUUACAGGCCACCGGCGAAUACAAGUCUGGCAAAAGGGUAAGUGACGCAACACGGCAGGCGAAUGAUCCGGCGCUCCUUCAGGAAUGCCCUCCUCGACUGUGGCCAGUAGUUAGAGGCAUGCACUUCUAACUAACAGGUCGCGAGUUCGAGCCUCGGGUAUACCACACUUCGGGGUUGGGUAUGACUGACUGACGACAGCUAAUAAGCCAGAAAUGGCCAUUCCACUCUCCCUUGUCCUUGUCGGUAAUAUCAUUCUGCAUAUAUAUUUAUAUGUAUACUGUGACAGAUGAGCGCUCACCAAUCAGGUUACGGAAUAUGCUCGUUCCAUUGUGCCUUGGGACUCAUACAAGAACCCUUGUGGACAGUCGCACAGCCUAUAUAUGCAUAUCCCGAAUGAUGAAAAAUACGCGCCGCCUAGGUAAUUGAAUAAAGAAAGAUAGAAUAACGGUCGCCGAGCCCAUUUGUUUUAUAUCCGACGUUUCGAAUUCUCACGCGAGUCCGUCGUCGAGGAGUGAAAAAAUCUGUACAACGCAUCGCCGGGGGUGACCUCCAUUUGCGCUGCUGAUUUGUUCACGCAGUGCACAUUAUAUGUGUAUAUGUUGAAAGUAGAUCCGAAAAAAGACAAGGGAGACUUGAUAGCCACUUCUGACUCAAUAGCCGUCAACCAGCUUCUCCCAAUUCUAGUUUUUAGGGGAGCAGCUGAAUUCCUACACCGCUACGCCUGGAUUUGGAAUCCUCAUUUUUAGCCAUACUAAUGGACUUUUUUGCCUUCAUUACAGUCAAUAUACUUGCUGCUUGGUUCCGUGGUCAAGAUGCCUGAGGGCGAGGCGACCCCAGAACAGCGGACAAGUCGAGUCUUUGAGUUGAUGGAUAAGGACCGGGACGACCGCAUCUCACUAGAGGAGUUUCUUGAGGGUGUCCAGACUGACCCCGAUGUACUCCAACUCCUCAAACUGGACACUAUGGCGUUGGGGGUCUCCGCCACGGCGGGAACUCAUGACCACAACGGCGUAAAUUCUGCGACUCCCCCGCAUCUGGCCAACGGGAAGGGGGCCGCCACUACUUGACAAGAGGUACAAGAACAUGGCAUUUUUUUGGGCAGGGGAUGGGGUUGUUGGUCUGAUCCUGCGUCUAUGGUGUGCGGUUUCUCCGGGUCCUACAGCCCACCCAUGCCAGUUUGUAUUUUCUCUCCAAAUUGACUUUGGGGUUCGGGUUAGAAUCCGGUUCAUACAACCUGCUGACGACCACGGGCUGUUGUGGGAGGGACAAAGUAACACCGACCGUUUUUCUUUAGCAUUCAGUGUAACAGAAACAAAUACAUCUGUUCACUUGCAACACCGAGCACAGCGGCGCGCCCACUCUGUUAUUCUAAGAGACCGAGGGACGUUGACGCGUUUAGAUGCGAUCUACCACAUGUCUUCGGGCAAUCAGCAGGACAUAAAUUCAUCCGCAGCCAAGGCUCUUUCAACACUCUUUUUGUAGUUUUUUUGCCCCAGGAUGCCAAUAUCUGGAGGUGCUCCCACUUGGGUAUCUACAGACAUUGGUUUAACUCUUAAAGCACGCCUUUGACUAGAAACAACUUUGUCAGCGAGGUUUAAGAAAUGCUAAUAGGAAACAGAAUACCAAGCUAAAUUGUGUAAUAGACGAUACUUGUUUUUGGUGAGGAAAUUAGCCAAACUACCUGUGUAAAGCAAACUCGGAAAAUCUAAUGACUCUAGUAGAACUUAAUUUUCCCUUUCGAUGUUCGAGGCUUCGAUAACUUUCGUCAAAUUUCCUGGAACGAUGUCACAAAUGUCUACACUUUUUCAAAUCUUGGCGGAAGUUGUGCGUUCUAAUUUUUACUCAAAGGAAGGGCGUAUUUCUGUUUUAUAGAGUACAGGUAAACAAGUGAUCGCCCUUACCAGGUUAUAGUCGAGCCUGGUUGAAAGAAUUUAAGAUAAAUUUCGAAUUUAUCUUGUUACUCGGGUCUGGAGAGGGACAAAGACUAGUACAGUACAGUUGAUGAUGUGAGACCAGAAGGGAGUGUGAAUUGCUAGAAGAAAGGGGAAAUUAAUGCAUACUGUGAUUAGCAAUCGUAGAGGGAGGGAGGAGAAGGGCGAAAACUGUUACCACGUUGAGUAUAUCAUACGAGUCUCGAGCCACGGUGGCCGGUGGGCUUGUAACGAAUUUGUAGCUCGCUGCGCCAGGUUUGUUCACCUUUUUUUCUGAUUGGUUCCAGACGCUUCGACCCUACAGUCUACAACACUCGCAUUCAGACAGUCAUGACUAUCCACGCUCCAUUUGAACGCUCAAAUUUGCCCAUAAAAGAAGCUUUCACUAGAGACACGCCCUCUCAGGCCUGAUUUAGCACUAUUAGUACACAUCUGGCCUCGCCAGCGACCACUGCUGACGAGACAACAAAGCCCGCUUCUGUGUACCAUAAACUCCUCAUUCAGGUGUCUUAGUAUUCUGUUAACCGAGACGGCCUAAUUAUAGUGGUGCACAAGUGGCACUCACAAACUGAGCAUUGAAAACUUAAUUUUCCAUUGAAGCUGGCAGGCCUAAUGUCUCAGUUAGAAACCCGGAAAUGUAACCCUCCAGACUUACUGAGGUCAGCAGGUAAAGAGGUCCAGAGGAAUGACCCUACCCACGGUCAAAAGCUUUUCACUGCUGAUAUGGAGGCGGCGUGGACAUCACCGAAGUGAACAUGUUACCACGCAGUGGCUAUCUAACCACACCAUGAUCUCUCAUUCCGAGUCCGAAUCGCUCUGGUAAGACACGUCGAAAUGUUUAUUGUUGCCAACACAGACGGGAUGCUGGAGCAGCCCUCAAACGCUGACUAAACACCCUCCAAUAUAAUGGUUGGGGGACGCUUACCGAUCGCUCCUACGGAACUCACUUGUUCCAUUGUUCCUUACGGGAUCUCUCUAGUACCCAACCAGCAGCCGCACAGCGGCGCAUGAUAUAGGCCGUAUGUUAUUACCAACAAAGACAAGAGAGACUGGAAUAGCCAUUUCUGGCCUAUUAGCCGUCGUCAGCCAGCCAUACCCAACCCCGAAGUGUGGUACAGCCGAGGCUCGAACUCGCUACUUGUUUGUCAGAAGCCCACACCUCUAAACACUGAGCCACGAGCCCAUUGCCCUGUCGGUUUUCGAUCGGGAAUAUACAAUGGUAGAGGGCGCUCAUCGAUCGUUCAUAGGGAACUCACUCGUUCCGUUGUGCCUUACGGGCUCUCUCUCGUCUUUGCCGGUAAUGACAUACUGCUCUAUCAUGCGCCGCUGUGCGGCUGCUGGUUGGGCUCGAGAGAGAGAGAGUCCAUAAGGCGCAACGGAACGAGUGAGUUCCGUAUGAACGAUCGGUGAGCGCCCCCUACCAUUGUCUAUUCCCGAUCGAAACCGACAGGGCAACGGGCUCGUGGCCCAGUGGUUAGAGGCAUGGACUUCCAACUAACAGGUCGCGAGUUCGAGUCUCGAGUGUUCCACACUUAGGGGUUGGGCAUGACUGGCUGACGACGGCUAAUAAGCCAGAAAUGACCAUUGCAGUCUCCCUUGUCUUUGUCUGUAAUAGCAUACCCUCCAAUGUGUUUAUACUGUCAGGACAGACUUACCUGAUCACCACAAAAACACAUCAGUAAUCUGAUAGUGUUGGCUAUUGUGGAUGGCAACGCGCGGGCUACUGGCGGUCAACAGCAGCCGGCUCGUUUGACUUGAUUCGGUCCCCGGUACUCGUGGGUCGGCCUCCUGCUAUAAUCACCGCACUCCGUGGUCUGCGCUAACUGCGCAUUUUCCUUUCCGCGGUUCUCCAAUUGUCUUUCCCACAUUUGUUUGCUAACCUCAAGCCUGAUGUUAGAUACGUGUUUAUUUGGUACUCGAAUCAGUCCUGCGUAACGCGCUCAACCGUUGCGUCCGCGGAUUUAGUUAUUUACUCUUUUUUUUCAGGUGUCCUGGAAGUAAGGAAACCCACUCGGAGAAAGUCUGCCGCUUUGGCGUGUUGUUUUUUUUUCGCAGCUUCCGACGUAUUCGUUCCUGA